CACAGGAACAAGAUGAACGACGCGUGGAUGCUCCAAGUGGAGCAAUACCAGGCCAAGGAGACGGAGUGGACGGCGCAGUUGACAGAGGCCGCCCGUCUACACGCCGCCAUGCUCGCCAGAUGGAAGUCUGUCAAGACAGAACUGCAGCAGCAACUGUCUACUGUCACCGCUAACAGACAGGAGAACCAGCGCCAACUUGACAGGGUGCAGCGCGAGAACGAGCGGCUGGCGGGGAAGCAUCUGAAGGCGGCCCGCGCCCUGCAGGAGGAGUUCAUGGACCUGCCCCACUCCAUGGAGGAGCUGCAGGUGCUGCUCCUGCAGCAGAAGGAGGAGCUGAUCACGGCGACGGUGGCGCGGGAGGAGGCGGACGNCAGGAGGGUCUAG